UAUACACAAUGCUCUAUAUAAACAGCAUGAAUGCACAGUAAAGUAAGACUCAUGAUGCGUCAUCCAUUUGUGUUGGUCAUUUGAUUUGAACUAUCUGGACUACUGUUUGUAGGUAUCUUUACACAUGGACUGGAUAACUGCAGCACCUAGAGACAAUGGAGACUGAAUCUAAAAAAGGAACAUGUUAAUCUAAAUAUUUUGAGUUUACAGUGUGUUAAACAUUAUAAAGAAGAUGAAAAACUCAUCAGUUGUGUCAUUGAUAAUACUGGAAGCCUUUUACAGAAUGGAGGACCUUAAAUACCUGUACUUUGUCAUCUUUUUCAUGAUAUACAUGCUCGUACUCUUUGCAAACAUCACUGUGAUCAUUGUCGUAAUUAGCAACAAAGUGCUACAUAAACCUAUGCACAUAUUUCUAUGUAACUUGGCUGUAAAUGGCAUCUAUGGCAGCACUGCUUUGCUUCCCCCCUUGUUAGCUACUUUAAUGUCUCCUCCUCAUGAGGUAUCUUUGGCAUGCUGUCAGGCUCAAACUUACUUCCUGCACACAUAUACUAUCAUAGAGUUCACCAUUUUGUCAGUGAUGUGCUAUGAUCGCUAUGUGGCCAUCUGCUAUCCGCUGCAGUAUCACACUAUUAUGACGAUCACAAAAGUCUAUAAAUUAAUAGCCUUCUCAUGGGGUUAUCCUUUAGUGGCAUUCGCAUUAUUUUUUAUUUUGACUCUGCACUUGACACACUGUAGAAACAUUAUAGGGCGAGUCUACUGCUCCAACUAUUCUCUUGUCAAACUGUCCUGUGAUGACACAAAUGUUGUGAGUGCUAUUGGAUUGCUUUCUGUUGUUGCUUACUCUAUUCCUCAGCUAGUGAUGACUUUCUAUUCAUAUGUACAUAUUCUUAAAAUAUGCUUUACUGCCACUAAAGACUCUAAAAUAAAAGCACUGAAGACCUGCACUCCACACUUAUUUGCAAUACUGAACUAUAGUGUGGGAUGUUUUUUUGAAAUUGUACAAAGUCGCUUUGACACAAGUUAUCUCCCAUUUGAAACACAAAUAUUUAUGUCACUUUAUUUCUUGAUAUUUCCUCCUAUUCUGAAUCCAGCCAUUUAUGGGCUGAGUGUUCAGGCUCUGAGAGGCAAUAUUUUUCGACUUUGUGGCUCUAAGAAUAAGUUACUGCCUUUAAAGUAGAAUCUUUGUAAUUUUCUAGGUGAAAAAUGCAUGUUUUCAAAUGUUUCAUUGUGUCAAUAAACAGCUUACGUUCCUGACAUUUUUAAGUAAUAUCUGAAUUUUGCUGAGGUCUCCAUGCAAGAUGAUAUGUUGCCCUCUGAAAGCAUUAGUCAGUAAACCGUGUAAUGAACACACUGAUUGUCACCAUUCAAGAAAACUAUUCAACAAAGUUUCACUUGGUGUUCUGAUCCUCUCCUUAAUGAGAAAUGUGGGAGAAAAAAAAGAGAAUUUCAUGGAUAUGGGUUGAUAGAUAGUGCUAGCAGGUAUUGU